UUAGAUCAAAUUUCUUUUUUGCCACUGCUCUAGAUUUCACACACGUAACCCAUCUUCAACUGCAAAUCAUCAUAGUGGGAAGUGAAAAGGGUAUCUACCCUAUAUCUAUGGCGCGGCUCUCUCUCAACUUUCUCACACAAUAUCAAUCCAAAGCUCUUAUGUGUGAGAAGGGCAAGAGAGAAUUAGAGCGCUUCUAGAAUGAAAAAACAGCAAUCCCCAAAUCAAUGCACAUGUGUGUGCAUGGCCUCUGCAGCAACCCAAAAGGGUUGUGUAACUUCACUUGCAGUAAAGGGAAGCUUGAUCUACGUGGGUUCUCAGAGUGGCAGCAUUCUCAUAUACGAGAAAAACUUAGAUGGGUUUCUCGAGUUUUCUCAACUCGACUGUAAUGCCCCCGUAAAGGCUCUUGCUAUUGAAGAAAAUAGAGUCUUUGGCGGACUGCAAGACACCAAGCUGAAAGUGUGGAGUCAUCAUUCGGACAGGAGUUUAAAACUAGUGACACAUCUCCCCACUGUGCAGGACCGUAUUGUAAGGUACAUUAAGCCUGGCAGCUUUGUGCAGACUCGACGCCAUCACAAAAGACUCUGGAUCAAACAUGCCGACGCUGUUAGCUGCCUAGCAUUAUGCUUGGAAGAUAACCUCUUGUAUUCUGGGUCGUGGGAUAAGACGGUUAAAGUGUGGAGGUUGUCUGAUUUCAAAUGUGUGGAGUCCAUCCGCGCUCACGAGGACGCCGUGAAUGACAUUGCUUGUGCAGGGAAAGGAGGAAUGUUCUUCACCGCUUCUGCUGAUGGAACAGUCCGGGUGUGGAGUGGGUGGCAGAGUGAUCACCGUGAUGGUCAUCGUCAUAAUAGUGAUCAUCGUGAUGAUGGUCGUCUUGUGGCCACUCUGUUUCAGUCUACAGAAGACGCUGUGAAUUGCUUGGAGUUGAGCACGGACGAGUCCAUCUUAUACAGUGGAACAUCGGCGGGCCGGAUCAACUACUGGACUGUCGAUACAAGUCUCCAAAAAUUUAACAAGGGGUCUUUCUUUGCACACAAACGCUCCGUUCUUUGCCUCACAACCCUACAAAAAAUUGUGUGCAGUGGAUCUGCGGACGCCACCAUUCGGGUCUGGAGGAGAGGAGAGGGAAUUGCACAUAGUUGUGUGGCAGUUUUGGAGGGUCACAGCGGUCCUGUGAAGUGCAUAACUGCUGCCUUGCCGUCGGUUUCUCUGGACUUGUCAUCCACCUUUUCCUCGUCCUCUUCUUCUUCUUUUUCCUUAUCUUCCUCCUUAGCUUUUGGGACUUGUUUUCAUUGCCCCAAUUAUCAUUUACUGUGUGGUGGAUUUGUUGUGUACAGUGGAAGCGUGGAUGGCACCCUUAAAAUGUGGCGGGUUCGUGAUAAUGAUUGUAAGGUCUGUGCUACUGCUCAGAGUGGCCGGCCAUUUUAAAAUUUCAAUGAAAAGAUUGUCUGUUCAAACAUCCCUAUAGGUGUCAGUUGAUUGCACCACAAUCCCUGUUGCAGUUUAUGUAAUGUUUGUACACAUUUCAAUGUGUAUAAUGCUUAUAAUACUUACAAUAUAUAUACCAAUGGAGAAUCUCAUAUUAAAAUUUA